AUGGCUGAAAUGAGCUUUUGCAGCAGUUACAAUGGGCUGCACUACUGGCUGAUACCUGCAGUGGCGUUUUCUUUCUUCUCUGCCUUCUCAAGAAUGAGAAAGAAUUCCCUUGGCCGCAGAGCUCCUCACAAUCAAACAUUCAGCCUUCCACUGCCUCUCCAGCUCCUCUGCACCCACGGCGAUCGAUGGAGCUUUGCCGUGGCCUUCGGGGCCCUCUUUAGCGUGUUCUUGGAGAGGAUGAUUGGCCCCGAGGUGGUCCCCUGCCUUUAUUACAAGCAUUCCCUGUGGAUCGUCGGUUUCAUACAAGUUCUCUCUGCCCUGGAAGUGUCACUGGUGCACUACCCCAUCUUCGUCUGCCUCACUCAUGAGAAUGUAACCCUUGGAAACCUGCUUGGCUUUGUCUACACCCUGGCCUGGUUUAUCUACCAGGCGGUGAUGACUGCUUCUGGCCCUGAGCAGACAAUGUUUCCCUCAAGGACAUAUCAAGACAUUUUGGAGUUCAGAAGCAGGUGGUACCACGUCCUCCCGUCUCUGCUGUGCACUGCCUUACUUGUCCUGCGCUUCCUCCUCGUCUUCUUCAAACCAUCGCUCCUCGGGCGCAGCACACAGCCCCAGGACGAGGGUGUGCCCAUGGCUCUUGCACACAAUAUUGCCUAUAUGAAACGCCUGCUGCAAACCAGAACUCCAGAACCUCUUGGGCAGAAGAACUGGUUUCAGCGACGUCUCUACACCUGGGACGCUUGUUUCCGCUUCCCAGCCCGAAUGCUCAUUAUGGUGGCGAUGGCCCUGAUCGGGGUCUACAGGGUGAGUGAGAUUGUGGACAUGAACCUGUACUCCACAUACUUCAGCUGCAUACUUGUAUGCCUCUGA